CCAUCGGCACAUCCUCCUUGUCCCGACUCAAAAUAGCUCUCAACGCAAACAGUAAAGCCAUUUCAAAAGAAAAUUUGAGCCUAUGGCGUUUUCUUCAUCUUCUUCUUCUUCCACCACCGCACCUCUUACGACCGUCGAUCACGGAGGUGGAAUUGGAAUCUCAGCCGUCCAUCCCGACAUCAUCCAGACCCACAUCCUGACACGACUCGACGGCCCGACUCUCGCCUCCACCGCCUGUGCAUCGUCCCAUUUGCACGAGCUCUCCACCGAAGAGAAACUCUGGCGGGACAUCUGCGCCUCUACGUGGCCUUCGAUCGACCACCCUCGUGUCCGCCAAGUCAUCUCCUCUUUCCCGGCAGGUCACCGUUCGUUUUUCUCGGACUCAUUUCCGGCUAUCCAUCACAGCUCACCACCGAAGGAUACCGAUCGUUCAUCUCUCCCCUCGGAGCUGAUCUCCGCCGUUGAUGUUCACUACGAGAACGAGCUUAUUUUCUCUAAAGUCCAAGAAACCCGGACCGAGACGGAGACGGCCGGAUGGUUCCUCUGCACGCCUUUCCGGGUCGAACUGAUUGACCGGAAAGAGUCGGUUUGGACACCGAUACGGCCGGUCGGAGAGGAUAAAGCGUGGCUAAAGCACCUGGAGGAGAACUUGAAGUUAAGCUGGAUCAUAAUCGACCCGACCCAGAAGAGGGCUGUCAACGUGUCCAGUGGGAGACCUGUUUCGGUUCAGCGGCACUGGUUCACCGGGGACAUGCAGCUCCGAUACGCGACGAUCAUGGCCAGCGAUAAGUCGGAUUUUGUGCAGUGCGCGGUGGUGGUGACGUGCGGGGGGAAGGUGGGAGGGGAGAUAGAGUUGAGGGAGGUGAGCAUGCUGUUGGAAGACAUGGAAGGGAAGCAUGUGAAAGGAAGGGAGAGCUUGGUAAUUCUGAACGCGGCCAUGGAAAGUGGGAAGAGAAAGAAGGAGAGGAGAGGGGAAGGGAAAGAGAGAUUCGAAGCUUAUUUGGAAAUGAAGAAAGUGAGAAGUGAGAGAAAGCAGAGGAGAGAGAGGGCAGUGGACAUGGCUUUCAUGCUUACUGGGAUUACUAUUUUCGUUGCCUUUUGCUCCUUUCUCUGUUUCAGAUAGGGGAACCAUCGUUUUUACAGUUACUACAGUUGAUCUUGAUACAGAACGUACACGCACACAGUGAAAAGAAGAUAAGUUAGCCACCCACCGAGAAACAAAGGGCAACAUGUAUCAUUGUUUCAAUUAAUUUCAUUCCAAAUUCUUUUGCUCAUGUUUCUAAAAUGAUUGCUAUAUAUAUAAAUUAAGUUGUAAGAUUUUUUAUUUUUGAUUUUAUAACAAAGUUGUAAAUGAAGUGUUUUAUGGUAUAAUAUUUUGCACAUUAAUGUCA